UUCCCAUACCAUCCCGUGCGUCGCGCCCCUUCCCUGUUCCGUUCCACUAGCGCGAGCGAACACGCACACGCGCCGCCGCCGGCCGCUGUCUCCCGCGGUCCCGCCCAACAUCCACAUCUCGUGGCGACGAGCCACAGCUCCCCGCCGGCGCCUCCCGCCCAACUUCCCUCACCGCUGGACAUCUAUAGACACGCUUUUUUUUUUCCUUCCCUAUUUCUUCGACGAGGGUUUAGGCGCGGCGAGACCACCGUCGGCCACCGCAUCUCGCACCCAAAACCAGCGCCUCCCUCGCCGCCGCCGGCGCGCCGCCAUGGUGUCGCAGCACGGCAUCCUCCUCGCUGUUAACAUCAUCUCCGACCACUUCGGCCCCAUCGUAUCCAAAGUGUGUGGCUGCCUUCUGCGCCACGGCGCGCUGUCCCUGCUGGAGAUCGGGCGCCGCCUCGAGCUCUCGCCCGCGCAGGUGAAGAACUCCCUCCUCAUCCUCAUUCAGCACAACUGCGUCCAGGCCUACACAAGCCCCAGAGGGGGUGGCGAUAAGACGGUGACGCUCUACUUGGCCAUCUUUGACAAUGUCCUGCACCGGCUGCGCUUCUCAAAGUUCCUUUCUGUCGUCCGUGUGGAUAUUCCAGAGUCAGAAGUUCUUCUCGAAGGAUUACUUCAGAAUGGUAGGCUAACAUUUGAGCAACUUGUGGAGCGAACAAUAUUUAAAGUACCAGAAGGCAGCCCCUUACCAACAAGGGAAGAAAUACGAAUGAACUUCAACAAACUUGUAUAUGCACAUUAUGUGGAACGCUGCCCAAAAUCGGAACCUUUUUUCGAUCCUCUUGCAGUUGAACAACCUACAUCCACAAGGAAACGAGCUCCUAAAAUUGUUGAGGCGGUUCUUUCACUUGAGCAGAAAGUUGUCUCUACUGCAGCUCUAUCUGAUGCUGAAAGGUUUUCUCAGAUACCAUACUUCAUGGAAGGGUCAUCGAGUGCAAAUGAUGGCCAUCAUGCUGUUGCUGGUAAUAAGCGAAAACAUGAAGCCUUAGAAGUUGAUGAAGAGGAUUCCAUAAUUGCAGAAAGUGAAUUUCUCUGGCGGAUAAAUUUUGAGAGGUUCAUAUUUUGUUUAAAGAAGAAGUUCUGUGCAGAACGAAAGAAAGCAAAGAUGAGGCUUGGAACACUUGCUAUAUGGGAAGCAUUUUUUGAGGCCAAUGUAACAAACAACGACAACAAGACUGUGACAUCACCAAUAGAUGGAAUUUUGGAGAGAGUAGGACAAAAGGAAGGAGGCACGUCAAUGACUUUGGAUCAGAUAAUAAGUGUAUUGAAUGAUUUAGAGUGUACUUCUACCACUAAUAACCCAGAAGAAUUUACAUUCGAUUUGAAUAAAUUGGUUGAGACAUGUCGAAAUGAUGAGAUAGAGUCCCUUGUGAAAAAGAAACAUGGGCAAGAAGCUUACACAAUCUUUAGGUUAUUGCUGAAACAAGGCUGUCCGGUUGAGACUGAUGAAAUUACUGACAGGACAAUUCUAGACAAGCAGGUUGUUCAUGAAACUCUAUACAAACUUUGGAAGGACGAAUACAUAGAUUCAGAGAGAGUCCCUUCUACAUCAGGAACAGGAACCGGAAGCACUCAGUUCUUUGUUUGGAGAGUAAAAAAUAUUUAUAGGGAACACUUCAUGGACCAUCUUUACCAUGCUGCUUUAAACUUGCGCCAGAUGAUCAAUUACAUGGCUGAACUAUUACUUGAGGGUUCAAAGGACGAAAUCAAGCUUCGGAACAGAAAAAACAUUUUGGUCCUAGCUCUCACUAGACAUGAUGAAUCCCUUAUGCUGUUCCAUGAUUUUUGAGAACACUGGAUCUGGAUCUGGUCUGUCAUAUUUACAUAUAUGGAUGUAAAGUUAGAUGACUAAAAUAAAGUAGCUUAACUUUUGUGCACAUAAGUCUUUAUUUAUGCAUUAUGUGUUUUGUUGUUUUUUCAUGUUUUGAUCAUUAGAUGGUGUCAGUCUGCCAGAUACAAUGGAUAUUUACCAUAAGGGCUUCCCCAAUGCAACA